UGCUUAAAAAAAAGAUGGUUAAAACGGAAAAACAAACCCAAAGAGCUAGUUGACCAGGAACUUGAAGGACAACAGUACAACAAACUUUGCCUGGUUUAUCUGCCGUGCAUUGGACAGAGACCAAGUCUUCAGGAGAAAAAAUUGGUUUCCUUAAGAACUCCGUCACUCGUCGCGAAAUUCCGACAUUCAAUCCGAAUUCAACGGAUUGGGAAAGGACAUCGUCGUUGCAAAUCUAACAGCCUGCGGAUCCCAGAAUGCCUAUAUAAAUGAUCAAAUGGGAUGCGAUCAGGUCAUUCAUAAAUCAUACUCAGCACUUUUUCCAUUCAACGAGAAGACUGAUUGAAGUCAUCAAAUUAAUCAACAAAUAAACAACAAUGGCGGGUGGGAAACAAGUGAUGCUUCUUGCAAUUGAUGAUAGUGAGCAUAGCUUUUAUGCUCUUAAGUGGACCCUUGAGCAUUUCUUUACUCCUACAUCGAAUGCCCUGUUCAAGCUCGUUAUUGUCCAUGCCAAAUAUCCUCCUACGUCUGUCAUUGGACUUGCAGGACCUGGAUCCACGGACGUGCUACCACUUGUGGAAGCCGACCUGAAGAGGACAGCUGAAAGGCUUAUCGAGCAAGCUAAGGAGCUCUGCAAGGAAAAAGGAGUGGAAGAUGCAGAAUUUGAAGUGAUCGAAGGGGAUGCCAGGAUGGUCAUGUGUGAUGCCGUUGACAAACAUCAUGCAUCUCUCUUGGUUCUCGGUAGCCAUGGAUAUGGGGCUUUGAAAAGGGUUGUUCUGGGCAGCGUCAGCGAUCACUGCUCCCACCAUGCUCACUGCUCUGUGAUGAUCGUGAAGCAGCCUAAAGUACACCACUAAAGCCCAGGCCCUCCUUUUCGAUCAAUCAGAUGGCAAAGAGGUUUCAGUUUUCCAGAUCAAGUUUUUGACUGACUCCCUAAAUGACCAUCAAAGAAUACAAGGAUACAGUAAUCUUCUAUUCGCUGAUCUUCUUCAAUGCUGCAAGUUUAGUGUUUAAGCAAUUGGUCAAUCCAGUCAUCAGUAGUGAGCUCAUGCCAGAAUAAGAGUAUUUCCUUCUUUUUUUUAUUUUUAUUUUUUGUUGGAAGAAGCAUUUGUUUUCUUCUUUUAAUAGCUGACAGGGUUAAUUAUAUAUGAUAUUGUAAAACUAAAAACCUACUAUGGGAUUAACCCAUUGGUCUUUAACUUUGAUUUGAUUCAUCCUUCAGACUGGGAUUAAGAUUUUAUGACUAAUAGUCUCAGGAUGUUUUAACCCUUUUGGUAGCCAGUGAUCAGGUGUUUGAUCUUACAAGUAUGCAGACACAUUAUAGUCCUAUGCGACACACUCGAUCACUGUUCCAAGAUAUACAGUUUUUUUUUCUUCCUUCUUACACUUACCAUAAUUUCUGAGAAUUUGAAUAAAGCUUAAUCCAUAAACAUGAAAAUUAACUAAAAUGAGGCAGAAAGAGCUUUACAGAGACACGCUAAUUGUAAUGGAUAGCCUUCCAUCUUUCCUACGAGGUUAAACUCACCACCCAAGGAAGAAGCCUAAAGUACACCACCCAAGGAAGAAGCCUAACAUACACCACCAGGGACCCUCCCUCUCGAGAC